CCACCCGCUCGUUCGUCAACAGGCCGCCCCUGCGUCCUGCUUCCGCUCGUGUUGUAGGGUGGUCAAGAGGAAGGAAUCGAAGAGCCAACAUGGGAGUAGAAAUUGAGACCAUAACUCCGGGCGAUGGACGGACAUUUCCGAAGAAGGGGCAGCGCGUCGUGGUGCACUAUGUCGGCACACUGGCAGAUGGGAAAGUGUUUGAUUCUUCGAGGUCCCGAGGAAAGCCGUUUAAAUUCAAGAUUGGACACCAGGAGGUUAUUCGUGGUUGGGAAGAAGGAGUAGCCCAGAUGAGUGUAGGUCAGCGGGCAAACCUGAUUUGCUCACCAGACUUUGCCUAUGGCAGCAAAGGGCACCCAGGGAUCAUCCCACCAAACGCCACUCUCACCUUCGAUGUGGAGCUGAUCAGUCUGGAAGCCUGAAACUUGUGCACUCACUUUGUUUAAUUCCACUCAAAAUUUCAGGGUUGACUCCUAUCUUGGGAACAUGGAGGGAAAAUGUUAACAGAAGAUUCCUGCUCUUGAUCCCUGCAUAGGACCUAUGUGUAUAUCUACACGAGUUCCCUCUCCUUUCCAUUUAGAUACAAAUUAUUAUGUUUUGUCACUUGCUUUAAAACGUUAUCCUCCAUACUAUACUUUAGGAUCCAUACAGUAAUAAGUCAUAGGCCAUCCCAUCCCAUGUAUUUUGUCAUAUUCUGCUAUGUAUUUUUAUGGUGAUGUUUUUUUAUUUGACUUAAAAAAUUUCAAAUUUUGUGUCUACCAUCACGACCAGGUUUUAGAUAAGUGUCAUACGUAUUGAAUGAAUCUCAUUCCUGUGGCUCUGUGGCCUUUACACUACAAUUGUAUUGAUUGCGGGUAAUGAAAUGUCUUGAAUAACAAUAGUUUGACACAAUGAUAUUUCUAUGAAUUACCUUUUGUGAUACUUGUUAUUGGGUUAAAUUAGUAUGGAAUACAUUGUAACCAGGGAUUCAUGAAUCAAGCACAUCAUUGCCAUGAACAGCCUACAGGUCUCUAUACUGCAGCAUCAAAUUUUAAUUUAUAAGAGUAAAAUGACUAUUGCUGAAGCAUUCAAGCCUGGACAUCUUUUGUCUUGUUGACUGCUUGUAACACAUCUGGGGAAAAAUGUUUUUUUUUUUUUUGCCUAAGCAAAAGGUUUUGUGGGGAAAAACAAAUAUUUGAUUAAAAUGUUUCUAAACUUGCAUGGUAAGCUCCCCCACAAGGAUUUGUAGGCAUAUCUUGGGGUUUGUGAUUAUCUUUGUUUGAAGGAGUUGUGUGUAACAAGCUGUGGAUGUUGUAAAAGGUCUGCUCCUUACUCUAAACACAUUAAAAGAGUAAUUUUAACACAAA